AUGCUUGAGAGAUUCUCCAAGGCUAUCCUUCAGAUAGGUUACAAGCAAACACAUGCUACCUACAUUCUUUUCUACAAGCAUGAGAAUGGUAAGUCAACUAUACUAAUUGUAUGUGUUGAUGACAUUAUUACGACUGGUGGCAACAUUUCAGAAAUCGAUUCUCUAAAGAAGAAGCUAGCUGAUGAAUUUGAAAUCAAAGAUUUGGGAACUUUAAGGUAUUUCUUAGGUAUGGAAAUUGCUAGAAAUGGAUCUGCACUCUCAUGGACAAGGGUAGAUAACAAAGCCUUGUUGGCCAAUUUAUUUACUUAUCUCACACUAGACCAGAAAUUGCUUUAUGUGUCAACAUGGAGAUCUAUAUCAGGAUAUUGUUCAUAUGUCUACGGAAACUUAGUAACAUGGAAGUGUAAAAUGAAAAAUAUAGUUGCCCGAUGCACUGUAGAAGCGAAGCUUAGAUCUAUGGCAAAUGGU